AACCUGUCUUUCUGCGCUAUAGCGACAGAGACGCUUGCUUGUAGAUUGACGGCUGUAUGUAGGUUGAAAGGUUUGAAAAUUUCGUAUUUUUUCACAAUUCAGUAAACAAUUAAAAUGUCUGGAAAUCUUGGACUAAAUGAACAUCAUCAUGAGGUUGUUGUUAAUUACUUGAGAUUCUCACGCUACCUUAGAACUCAGAAUCUAAAAGCUGUUGACUCAGGAUUUCAGGAAUUGAAAGAUAGUCGAUUGACUGAAGAUACGUUUACCGCCGAUGAAGUCUCUGAAAUGUUGGAUGGGCUUCAAGUUGUUUUACGAGGAGAGGUUGAAACAGAGCUCAUAAACAACACCCACACAAACGUGCUACUUCUAAGACAACUCUUUCAACAGGCAGAAAAAUGGCAUCUUCUGCUGCAGGCCAACAUCUCAGAAUUAGAAAACAGAGAAUUGAUAGAAAUGAUUGCUAACUUUGAAGACCAGGAAUUUUCUGGAAAAGCAGCAACUGCCAAACCAACAUUUGAAAUGAGGAAGCUGAACCCUUUGGAGGGUGGUGGUGUACAGCUUCUACAGAAUGAAAUUGACAGGCUUACAUCUGAGAAUGAAAAGUUGAAAGCAAGGCUACAGCAGGUUGAAGCAAAGGCUUCUGAGGCUUUUAAAGAUAAAUCCCAGUUAGAGGCUGAUCUUCAGAAAACCAGGGAGGAGCUUGGGAUGGCAAGGAAUCAACAACCAAGCCAAGCAUCUUAUGAUACAAGUGAUCUGGAGAACCAGAUAAGUUCUGUCAAAUCAGAAAUGGAGAAGAAUUUGCUUUUAAGUUCAACUAAGGCCAGUGACUUACAAGGCAACCUAGCAGAAACAGCACACAAACUUCUUGAAGUACAAGAGCAGUUACGAUGGUCUGAAAAGGAACGUGAUAAGAAAUUCAGCCAAACAGGCGCUUACAAGAACCUUAAGAGCAUGUUGCAAACCAAGAACAAGACGAUAAAAGAACUGCGAGAGAAGCUACGCCAGUAUGAAGCUGAUGAUUAACACAAGAUGUUGAAUUGAGAUGAGUAGCGAUCUUUUUCACAGUUGUCAUCUUCUCACAAUCUGAUUGUUAUUACUAUUAUUAAUUAUUUAUUGUGCUUAUUUAGCGCUUACUGCUAGAGCCUCUAUGCACUUUCCAUGAAGAUAUAGAGAAAAGUGGAAACGGGAGCAAUUAAAAGGCAGUUUCCAGAAAUAUAUAAAAAGAAAAAGAUUGAAGAAUAAUCACACAAAACAUUUACCUCUGAUCCCUUUCUUCCGCUGAAUACAUAAUAUAAUAAAGUUUUAAAGCAGUCAAUCAUCAGUGUUCUCCUAAUUGAAACAUUUUUACUGGUAAAUUUGUCCGUGAAAAUUUAGCUAUGCACGCAGUGAAUGCAUUGGGGUGGGGUUUAAUGAUUUGAAAAAACAACACCACAUAUUAGUCAUAGCCUAGGUAUAGAUUGGAAUGAUGUUCAUGUAUUGCAAGAAGACCAGUCUGGACUACCUAAUCAGUGGUUUUAUUAUUUUACAAUCUCAAAAUUUUUACCGGUUUUCCCGUUUUUACCGGUAAAAUUGGCAACUAAAAUGGCUUCGGGAGAACACUGAUCAUUAGAGUGCAUACCUCUGCCCUGUGCCUGAAUACCAAAUAGUACGCAGACCGUUUAUGGGUGAUUCCAUUACUUUCUUUUAUGUUUGAGGGUAAGUUCAAAGAAUAAAUUGAAUCUGUAAUUAAAUUAAAUCACCUCUUUCAUAGAUUAUCUACCAUUCCACUGAAAUUUAUAAUUGAUUUAUUUCAUAGUUUUUGCGUAAUCUUGCUGACAAAAUGACAAUGAAUAUAUAACCUUGGUUGAGGCAAUUGUAAUUUUUAGAUUAUCAUUUAAAAAAAUCCCUCAAAACAUUAAAUAUUUUAAAUUUAUAAAAAACCAUCUAAGCUAUUAAUUAGUCAAUAUGUUAUAGAUAAAAAAUGUUUUCAAUGAUUUAAACAGAUAUUUUAUGACAAAAAUCCUUAAAUGAUUUGCAAAAGAUAAUGUUAUUUUAACGGCUUGGUUAAUUUGUGGGGAAUUAAAAAAAAAUUCUGAUUAACAGUUGAAAACUAUUAGUUAGCUUACAGAUAUUCAAAUAAUAAGCAAUUAUAGUCAGGUUUUGAGUACACUAUAGGAAAUAGAAGCCGAAGGAGCCAAAAUUUCUUGAAAAAAUUGCCUGAAGACAAGCUUCGGAAAGUGUUUAAAUUUGCUAAAAUGUCUGGCGGUGACUGUUGCUACUUUUUCAAACCCCUGGCAGUCAGAGUGUUAAGUACUAACCUCCUAGUAGAGUGAAUUAUUUCAGUGUUGCCUUAUUUUUCAGUUCUCUUAUAAGUCAAUCACCUUGUUAUCCAUGCCUAGGACAGUCUAGAUUAUAUUUGUGUUAAUCAGCGUCGUAGAGCGAUAUUUGUUAGGUUCGCUGUGUGCGUUCAUUGCUUAGUCUAGUAAUGAAUGAUUCUAUCGAAUUGUAACUAACUGUAGUAAAAUAACUCCAGCUUUGAGCUUUUUUUGCACACCAGAUGCAAAAAAUUGGAGGUACUAUAUCGAUUAGUGAUUAGUCAGGAAUAGGAAAAUUCAGUGGAAACAAAAGUGAUGACUUCACACCUACAGUAAAACAAUUUAUUUGUAAGUUGAUAUUUUAUUUAGAUGUUAGUGUUUGGUUUAAAGGCAAUCAUCAACUUAAUCUAACUAACUCUGUCUAAUGGACCUCUCGGCGUGUCAAUCAAAUUUAAGUACUGACCAUUCCGAACAGAGUCAUGAAUAUGAGCAUGUCCUACAAACACAUGCGAUGUCUCACAAACACUUGUUGUCCCACAAAUGCAACGAGUGAAUCAUGUUUGCGUACAUUCACCCUAUUAUUUUGUGGGACCAUAGCAGUCCAUUCACAAGAGGUUUGUUGAUCAGUGUGAUAAUCAUAGGUUAUAGAAUGUGAGUGUUAUAAUUGUGAUGUAAAUUUGAUCUAUAUAUAUAUAUAUAUAUAUAUAUAUAUAUAUAUAUAAAUAGCUACUGUAUUAAUAUUAUUUUCAUUUUCAAUAUUUUUGGAAAUCCUAGUUAUCAUCAUCAUCAUCAUCAUAAUCAUCAUCAUUAUUGUCAUCAGUAUUGUCAUGAUUAUUAGAGUAAUAGUAUAUCACAUUUUGUUGGUUUAUAAAUUGAAUAUAUUAAAUGCACAAUAAACCUUGAAUAGAAGGCUGAAAUAAAUAUACUUUAGGAUAAUGUUUGUGUUGAAAUUCCAAAUAGGCCAAUUAGUAUGGUUUACUUUACCAAUUAGCAUGGUUUACUUUAAAUGUGAACUUUUUUGUUCUUGAUUAACAAGGUCGUGGGAAUAUGGAGAAGAUGUUUAAAGCUAUACUUAGAUAUGCUAAUAGUAUACUAUCAGUGGUUCUUUAAAAAACCUCUCAAAAAUUUAGUCAAAAUGUACAUUUCGUCGCUCACACCACGAGCUAACACAAGCAAAGUAUUGGUUGCAGGGAUGGUGCCAGGAGUGGGUGGGGGCACGGCAGAGGGCCAGGGCCCAUGUCUGGGAUGAAGACACACUUCAUUGGGGAGAACACCCCAUGGAUCACUUUCGAGAGGUUUUGAGCGACGCCCGACCAUGCCCACUUAUGUUUUCAUAGGGGAGUCGGUCCCCCAUCGGGGACAUCCCCCCCCCCCCCAUCAAGAAAAUCCUGGUGCUACCUCUGAUUGGUUAUCAAGUACAUUUUUUAGAGUAAAAUUAUUACCAGCAAAUUUAAGGCAAAGAAUUGGACAAAUUAUGUAUAUUGUUUCAAUAUGUAGGCUUGUCAUUGGAAAUUUAUACCUUACUUGAUUCCUCAAUAAUUCUUGUGUUUUAAUGAAAUUUUUACUGUUGUAGUUUUCACAGACAGUAUACAGUAGUAUAAAAUUUCUUACGCUCUGCCCAGGUUGUCAAAUUUUCUCUAUAUUGUCAUGAUCGAUGUGCCUUUAAUAUAGGCAUAUAUUAUAUGGUCAUAGUGUGAUGUCAUCAUCACCAUAUUUAGGUAUGUCGCAUAUUUUGUCAAAUAAAAUUUGAUCUCUGGCCAGGGCUUGAAGAAUAAGAAGGUGAACAAAUAUUAAUGUCUUGAGAGGACAGCAGCAAGGUAUUGUGGGGUGCUUUAUUAUACUGUAGGAGCAAACCUUGAUGUUUAUCUACCACCUUGUUUUAUAUAUGAUUUUUAUAUACAGUAAGUACCAUAAGUAUAUGAGAUGCAUUGCAUUUGUAUAAAUACAAUUUAUAAAUAAGUGGCGUUAUUCUGCAAUAUUUUUAGUGUACCUUGAUGUUUGUUGGUCAUGUGUGAAGUAAAAAUAUCUUGUGUAAUUUUAUUUUUUGAAUUUACAAUGUAAUAUGUUAUUAAUAAAAAUUAAGCGGAAUACUCUAUUUUCAUGAUGCUCUGUAAAAAAAAAAAUAUUGUAUCAUAUGCAAUAGGCAUAGUGUCCCCAUGAAAGUGUAAUCCAAAUUAACUGAUGGGGUGCUACUUGUUGUAUCUUAUGAAAAUUAUGAAAUUGGAUGAAUACCGUAAUUCAUAUUUUGACCUUUGCGUUGUGAUAAAAGGUCUGCUUUGCUAAGAGAGAAAAAUAUUAUUGUAGGCCUAAAGUAUAUAUAUCAAACAGCAGCCAAGGGCUUCCUCCUUGGUUUUACCAUUUUUUCUAUUGUACUGUAUUCUUUAAAUAUUAUAUUGGAACAAUGAGAAAUGAAUAACUAUUGUUUCAGUAUUUAUAUUCUGACUGAUUUAGCGCUAAAGGUGUACGAUUAAAUAUUUAUAAGCUACAAA